AUGGCUUCGGGAGUAUAUACUGAGCCCGUGGAUCAUUCGAGCUCUGAACGGGCUACAGCAGUUCGUGCCGAGGAGUGUACGACGGAGCUUCUGCCGGUGGAUGUUCGCCAUGAAUCUGAUAUGGUCGAUAUCGAUCACGGGGAUAGCAGUACGGACUGCGUGCCGCGUGCAGAGAGCACAGUUCGCUUGGGGAAUAUUGAGAGUGACCCCUUGAUCGACUCAUAUUAUAAGAAUUUUCACAUAUGUCAUCCAUUCGUCUUGCCACGGAAACACCUGACAAGACUAUAUCAAGAUCCGACCAGUCAACAUGGCUUUGCACCGCUAGUGGCGGCUCUACGCUUCAUGGGAAAUAUUUACAAUUCGCGAGAAUGGUCGAUUCCCCUGAAAGACGAUAUCGAAACAUCUCUUUCGACGUUGUCACCGUCUGAUCCGAUUCAAGUCCAAUGCCGAAUCUUGUACUCCGUAGCUUUGUUCUGGUAUGACUUCAAGGCCGAAGCCAAAUCGCAGAUGGACCGGGCUGCUCAACUCGCCAUUGACCUGCAGAUGUUCCGGCCCGAAUUCGCAGCGUCCCAGGGAGCUGACGACCAGGUCCAGAUGGAAUCUUGGAGACGAACGUGGUGGAUGCUGUACAUCCUGGACGCGUACUACGCUGGCACCCUGGGGACGAUGAACUUCCGGGUUAUGAACAUUGAUGUGACGGCGGAAUUACCAUGCGACGAGGCAGACUAUGAGUCGGGGGUGAGUAUCAAUACCGUGCCCCCUAUUGGCCUUUGUCGAGAUUGCUCAUGCGCCACGCUGCAGAACAUUCCGACUCCCAAAACCCUUCAGGAAUUUAACAACCGCGAAUUUCUCCCCAACAAUGUUCACUUCUCCUCCUUCGCGUACCUUAUUGGCGCCGUGCAGUGCGCCGCAGCCGCCAUAUCCAUAACUCCCAAAGUCGCUGCCGCGGAAGACUCGACACAUCUGAUCCAAGCGGUCGAUUGUAGCCUGGACGGAUGGCGACUUUUACUUCCCCCGGAACGCAAAAAUGUCAUGAAUGAGAAUGGCGAGAUUGACGAACUCAUCUUCCAAGCGCAGCUGUUGACCCAUGUGUCCACCAUCGGCCUCCACCGUCCACUAUCUGCUCUCAAAUUCAACGCCAUAGAGAAUGUAUCGAGUUGUGCCCGGGAACCGCAGCUGGAUACACCCACUCCUGAUUUGGUCAACGUCCAUACGGCCCGAGUCUUGCGGGCGGUAGAGGCCCAGAUCCGUCUGCUGGCUUUGCCAGUCCGCCGAUUCCACCACACACCCUUCACGACGUGCAUGGUCAGCGAAGGGACGCUGGCGCUCCUCUCGGCUUGCAGUGCUCUUUUCAAGGGGAAGGACCUCGCCAUCGCAAGGGAUCAGAUCCGGAUGACGCUCGGCUGUCUCAAGGUGCUGGGAGAGGUUUGGCCGCGGACGGCGAGGAAUGUGCGCGAAAUCCAAACGAUUGCUCAGUGCGUACUGGGACUUGGACAAAGUGCCAGUUAUCACAGUACUCCUGGAUCGAGUGAACUGCCGUCUUUCGGCGCGGAUGGAACCAGCCUAGAUUCGACCAACGGCGGUCUAUCGACGGACGACAACGAGCUGGGUGCUGCGCUUGGCGCUAUUGACGAUCUAUGUGGCUGGUAUAAUCUUGGGGAUCUGGAUGACCUCCCGUGGGGGAUGAGCAACGGGUUAUAA